AUGGCGGCUAGAGUGUUGGGCUCGGUCCUGCGUAAAAACGCAGGAUUUUUCGGCGCCGGCAGGCUGCUGGCGCCGAACAACGCGCCGGCGAUCACCAACGUCCAGAAUCGCAAGGGCCACCAAUGGAACCCGGACAAGGAGUUCCUCGAGCAGUUGGAGAGGCCGGUGGCGUACGCCACGGAGAAGCUCGACUGGACCCCGCCGCAUCACGAAUCCGCCCUGGCGAUGGGCCCCAUGGCGGAGCAGACCAUACAGAAUAUAAAGAUUAACUUUGGACCGCAGCAUCCGGCCGCCCACGGCGUGCUCCGGCUGAUCCUGGAGCUGGACGGCGAGAUCGUGCUCAGCGCCGAUCCGCACAUCGGCCUCCUGCACCGCGGCACGGAGAAACUGAUCGAAUACAAGACCUACAUGCAGGCGCUGCCCUACUUCGAUCGCUUGGACUACGUCUCCAUGAUGUGCAACGAACAAUGCUUCUCCCUGGCGAUCGAGAAACUGCUGAACAUAGACGUGCCUCUGCGCGCGAAGUACAUUCGAGUUCUUUUCGGGGAGAUUACGAGGAUUCUGAACCAUAUUAUGGGCAUUGGAACGCACGCGUUGGACAUUGGCGCUCUCACACCCUUCUUCUGGCUGUUUGAGGAGCGAGAGAAGCUGAUGGAGUUCUACGAGCGCGUGAGCGGCGCCCGUAUGCACGCAGCUUACAUAAGGCCAGGUGGUGUGUCUUUGGACCUACCGUUGGGUUUGAUGGACGACAUAUACGACUGGGCCUCCAAAUACUCAGAACGAUUGGACGAAGUGGAGGAUCUGCUGACGGACAACAGAAUCUGGCGGCAGCGCACGAUCAAUAUCGGUUGCGUGUCCGCGGAGGACGCGCUGAAUUGGGGCUUCAGUGGCGUGAUGUUACGAGGCUCUGGAAUAAAAUGGGAUUUGAGGAAAGUCGCGCCCUACGACGCUUACCACUUGGUGGAUUUUGACGUUCCAGUCGGCACGAACGGCGAUUGCUAUGACAGAUAUCUAAUCCGCGUCGAGGAGAUGCGACAGUCGCUGCGUAUCAUCCACCAGUGCUUGAAUCAGAUGCCCGAAGGAGAAGUGCGAUGCGACGACGCCAAGAUUGUGCCGCCGCGGCGGGAGGAGAUGAAGAGCAGCAUGGAGGCGCUCAUCCAUCACUUCAAACUGUUCACCCAGGGUUUCCAAGUGCCACCGGGAGCGACGUACACCGCCAUCGAGGCGCCGAAGGGCGAGUUCGGCGUUUACCUCGUUAGCGACGGCAGCAGCAAGCCGUAUCGGUGCAAAAUUAAAGCGCCGGGCUUUGCUCAUCUGGCGGGCCUGCAGUACAUGGGGCCCAAGCACUUCCUCGCCGAUGUGGUCGCCAUCAUUGGUACGCUGGACGUCGUAUUUGGCGAGAUUGAUAGAUAAUUUCCUAACGAUCGAUAAUUUAUAUAGCGUAGAAAUGAAUUUAAAAAAAUAAAUGAUAUAAAUAUGUUUAUGUAUGUUACAUACAUAGAGAUUCACGAAGCCGAUUGCAUGUUACGUGUGCACGUGACUACGCGAUGAGCGUAUAAAUAAAUGUUGUAUAUAUCUCGGCGCAAUAAAUGGAAAUGUGACGAAUAUAA